GCACAGCAGUAUGUUCUGGAUCAUGGACUCAUGAUGCAGUGGGAUUCAAUAAGCUGGUAGGUGCUGCCCGACGAAAGGUUUUCGGUCUACUGCGAACGUGCACGGAAAUAUACCGCAACAUCUUUAUUUAUUUCAAGUUAUUACACUUAACCAUAAAGGUGUCAGCCCCACUGAGAACCUGCAGCACCUGGAUGAGAAGGGUGACUCGGACAGCCGCUCGGAGUCCGUUCAGACCUGAGCCAUUCAUAGAUCCUCAGCCUUGGCCAGGAACAAAGCAGCAGCGAGCAAGCUUUCCCCCACAAUCCUCCCAGCCGGCAGAGCCUGACGGGGUGUACCCGCGCCGACCUGAGCCGAGCGCUCUCUUUCUCCGUCGUGCGGGGCUUGGCUGCGUGGUGGAAGCAGGGUUAAUUAAUGAGCUGUGAGUAUGAGGCCUCACUGCUGACAGCCAGUGGAGACGGGAUUAAUAAUCCGGUCAUCUGGCUUGAUGUGUGUGCCUCCAGGCUGCCCCUUGACCACAGCCCACUGCGGAAUCCACCACGGCGGCCGCCGAGAGACCAGCAGAGAUGCCCACCGAGACGCUGCAGGCAGAUAGCAAGCCCGGCGGCCAUGGUGGGGCCUUUGCCUCAGCCGUCCCGCUCCGCAUCCUCAACAAGGGGCCCGACUACUUCCGGCGCCAGACCGAGCCUAACCCCAAGCGGCUGAGUGCGGUGGAACGGCUAGAGGCUGAUAAGGCCAAAUACGUGAAGAGCCAGGAGGUCAUCAACGCUAAGCAGGAACCCAUCAAGCCACAGGUCAUGGCCAAGCCCCCAGUCUGUCCGGUUCCUGCGAAGAGAAGUGGCAGUGUGGGAUCUGGCCUGAAGGCCUCCAAUAACAACGCCAAGUCAGACACCUGCGCUACCACCACCAAACGGGAGAAUCUCAACCUGGAGAUCUUAAAGAACAUCUUAAAUAGCUCCUCCUCAUCCGAGGGGCCUGCCAAGGGGACGUCGCACAAAGUCGGGGCGCGGAGCUGGGCACCGCAUCGCUCGUCAGAGUUUUCAGAACCCGGAUGUCGUUCCUUUGGCGAAUCACUUAAGGUGCCGUCAUCUGCACAAGGCCGGCACAGUCCUCAGGGAGGCAACUUGAACCUGAGUCGCAGACUGUUGGAAGAGAGGUCGUUUGAGGCCGAUGGCGAGCGGUCGCCACUGCACGCCUCUCACAGCUCCUCGGACAUUCGCCGCAUGUGUAAUGGCAAACCACUCAGAGCGGCUCGCAGCAGCAGCUCUUCUGCCCCGCCGCUGCCUCCCAAGCCCAGCGCCAAAGCAUUGGCCGCUUGUGACAAUGCCCCCUGCUCCUCUGAAAGAGAGACAUUGGCCGCUACUGCCACAGAACUUGAGCUGGAGUUGGGGAGUUCGGUGGCACGCAGACCCUCUCUGCACCGGUCCAAGUCUGACCUGAGCGACCGCUAUGCUCGGGCCGGUGCUGACGUAGAACGCUUCUUUAACUAUUGUGGGCUGGAUCCCGAGGAGCUGGAGAGUGUCGGUGUGGAGAGCUUCGCCCGUGCCAACUCCGACAUCGUUUCGCUCAACUUCCGUAGUGCCAGCAUGAUCAGCUCGGACUGCGAGCAGUCACGGCACAGUAACGAUGACCUGUCCGACGAGGAAGACGAUGCUGGUGAGCGCGUUCCUUAUGGAAUUUCUGCUGUGGAGCGAAAUGCCCGAGUCAUCAAGUGGCUAUAUAGCAUCAAGCAGGCACGGGAGUCUCAAAAAGUCUCUCAUGUUUAGGAGGAAGCAAGCUGUCCUCUUCCCAAUCGGACUUGGGUACCUGCUUAUUUUUGCUAUCUUUAAAUGGCAAAGCCUGUUAGUUAAUGGCUCUUUUUAGUCGCUUUUCGCAUUCAGUGUUCGUUGUCUGAAUCUGCAUGAUUUGUUAGACACUCAACCUCUUGCGGCCUCCACGUAAUGCAGCUUAUGUAGGAGCCUCUUUAAGGGUGGCUGCUUUAACACCAUUGAUCUGCGGGAAACAACUUCCUUUUCUUUCUUCUGUAUUUUCUGCCUAUGUCUGUCAAACUGAUGUUAUGAUGCCAGCGCCUUUACAGGUGUUUUUAUUUCACUUGGGCACACUGAGCCAGGAAGCCAUAUCGGUAUGAAUGCAGAGCUGCGGUGUGUUUGAAAUUCUUUUGAUUCUCUCUUUCUCUCUCUUGCUUACUCUUUCUUUUUUUGACUUGCUCUUAUGAUGGAUACAAGCUGUAUGUAUAAAAAAACCUCUCUCCCCUGAAUAGGCUCAGCAGAAGCAUGUUUUAGUCUAUUCUCAAGAUCUCCACCAUCCCACUUUUUCUGAAUCAGCCUUGCACUGGUCAUGUUGUUCCAGCAGCAUCACGACACUGUUCAGCUUUAUGUGGUUUGUUUUCAGUCUGUCUGUCCUUCAUAACGUAUGCUGGUUGAUUAUUUUUGUGGUACUAAUGUUCAGAAAGGUGUAAAUGCUGUAAGAAUAUGUAUAUAAUUUUCAGAGUCAUUGGAAAGGCGUUGUGCGAUGAUGAUGCAAGCCCGCUGUGCUUUUGGUCUGUUACAUUGUGAGGCUGUGUGAGAAUUUGUCAAUGAUCAAAUAUGUACGACACUGUUGUUGCAAUGAAUAAUAUGUUCGGUAUAUUGAAGUCGGAGAUGUUAAAAUUUCUGUCAAGAAAUUUGUUCACAUUUAGUUAUUUUUCAUUACAAUAAAUGGCUGAUUUUGCCAACUUUUGUCAUCAACUCAAAA